AUGCCCUUCUUCAAGCUACUGAAGAAGACCGACCACUUCACAUGGACCCCGGAAGCGCAAGAAGCUUUUGAGGACUUCAAGAAAUACUUGACCUCUCCUCCCGUGCUGGAUUCACCUAGCCCAAACGAGCCGCUCCUGCUCUACGUCUCGGCCACAGAACAGGUCGUCAGCACAGUCCUCGUGGUCGAGCGGGAAGAAAACGGACACGCUCAGCUGGUGCAGCGAUCGGUCUACUUCGUCAGCGAAGUACUUGGAGAAUCCAAGUUAAAGUACCCCCAGGUCCAGAAACUUCUCUACGGCGUCCUGAUAACGGGGGACAGGGCCGGAGUAGUACUUAUAUCGCCCAACGACGAAAAAUUCAAAUACGUGCUCUAUAUCCACUUCCCGGCAUCGCACAACGUCGCCGAGUACGAAGCACUCCUUCACGGGCUACGGUUGGCUAUAUCCCUUGGAAUUAGGCAGCUACUUGUUCGAGGAGAUUCCCAGCUAGUCGUCAACCAGGUCAUGAACGAGUGGACCUGCGCUGACGAAAACAUGCAAGCCUACCGACAGGAGGUGCGCAAACUUGAAUACAAGUUCGAGGGACUUGAGCUGGUUCACAUCUUGCGGCACAAAAACGAAGCCGCCGACGAAUUAGCCAAUCUCGGCUCAAAAUGGCUACAGGUGCCAACCGACAUAUUCGUCAAACACCUCACAAAGCCCACAGUCGAGAAAAAAGACAAACCCAAACCAACCCCAAGUGAAGCAGGAGACGCAGGAGACAAUGGCCAACCACCAAACUCCGACGAUCGCACGGUUGCAGUCAUCACUGACGACUGGAGAACUCCGUUCAUCAAUUUCCUCACGGAGGAAGUCCUCCCGACUGAUAAGGCAGAAGCCAAACGUGUCAGCCGACGAAGCUACUGCUAUAUCGUGUCAGACGGAGAGCUCCUUCGGCGAAGCGCAUCGGGCAUCCUCAUGCGCUGCGUGCUCCCUGACGAGGGCAAACGAAUACUCCAGUCGGUCCACUCGGGCCUCUGUGGCAACCACGCCUCGGCCAAGAUGAUAGUUGGAAAGGCCUACAGACAAGGGUUCUUCUGGCCAACCGUCGUAACAGACGUGCAAGAGUUGGUUAGAAAGUGCGAAAGGUGUCAAUUCUUCGCAAGACAGACACACGUGCCGGCACAGGAACUGCAAACUAUCCCGAUCUCCUGGCCGUUCGCCGUCUGGGGACUCGACAUUGUCGGGCGCUUCAAGCGGGCACCAGGAGGGUUCACCCACCUGUUCGUCGCCAUCGACAAAUUCACUAAGUGGAUAGAAGCAAAACCGGUCGCCACAAUCGACUCAGCGCAUGCGAAAGACUUCAUACAGAACAUUAUCUACCACUUCGGCAUUCCGAACCGUAUCAUUACGGACAACGGUAGGCAAUUCAUCUCUGGAGUUUUCCAUGAUUUUUGCGAGGAGCGUGGGAUCAAGAUCUGCUACACCUCCGUAGCACACCCGAAGAGCAACGGGCAGGUCAAAAGAGCUAACGGCAUGAUCCUUCAAGGAAUCAAAACCAGGGUCUUCGACCGACUACAUCCCUACGCCGGACGAUGGGUGCAAAUGCUGCCGCUAGCACUUUGGGCACUCCACACCUCCGUCAGUCGGAGUACGGGGACAAUCGCCCUUCUUCCUUGUGUACGGAGUAGAGGCAGUCCUGCCCACCGAAAUCGACCACGAAUCAUUUCGCAUACGGAACUACAACGAGUCCACGGCAGACACGGCUAG